CGUAAUCAGGCCGAGGCUAUUCUUCACCGUUAAUGAAGUCUGUUGAUCCUAUUCUCCACGGAUGAUAAGUCCGUUAAGCAUCGAUUUGGGCCAAUUUAUUUUCGGAUGGCAUUUCCGUAAUUUCUUAGGCGACGAAAUGCCAUUUUCAUUGGAUAUUGAAGGCUACAGAUCACGGAUUCGGCCUGGGGCAUUUCUCCAACGAUGAUUGAGUCUAUUACGCACCGAUUUGGGCAGAUUUAUUCCGGUCAAUUUUUGGAAGAUUCCAAAGGGGAACCUUCACAGAUUUCGGGCGAUUUAUCCAAAAUGCCAUUUUCUUUCGAUUCUGGGGAGGCAACAUAUCACGGAAUCAGGCCGAGGGUAUUCUCCACCGAUAAUGAAGUCUAUUGAUCCUAUUCUCCACGGAUGAUAAGUCCGUUAAGCAUCGAUUUGGGCCAAUUUAUUUUCGGAUGGCAUUUUCGUAAUUUCUUGGUCGACGAAAGGCCAUUUUCUUUGGAUAUUGAAGGCUACAGAUCACGGAUUCGGCCUGAGGCUAUUCUGCAACGAUGAUUGAGUCCAUUAAGCACCGAUUUGGGCGGAUGUUUUCCGGGUCAAUUUUUGGCAGAUUCCAAAAGGCUACCAUCUCAGAUUUCGGGCAAUUUAUCCGAAAUGCCAUUUUCUUUCGAUUCUGGAGGCUACAGAUCACGGAAUCAGGCCGAGGCUAUUCUCCAAUGAUAAUGAAGUCUAUUCUCCACUAAGCACCGAUUUGGGCGGAUUUAUUCCGGUCAAUUUUUGGCAAAUUCCAAAGUGGUACCAUCACAAAUUUCAGGCGAUUUAUCCGAAAUGUUAUUUUCUUUCGAUUCUAGAGGCUACAAAUUACGAAAUCAGACCGAGGCUAUUCACCACCGAUAAUGAAGUCUAUUGAUCCUAUUCUCCACGGAUAAUAAGUCCGUUAAGCAUCGAUUUGGGCCAAUUUAUUUUCGGAUGGCAUUUUCGUAAUUUCUUGGUCGACGAAAGGCCAUUUUCUUUGGAUAUUGAAGGCUACAGAUCACGGAUUCGGCCUGAGGCUAUUCUGCAACGAUGAUUGAGUCCAUUAAGCACCGAUUUGGGCGGAUGUUUUCCGGGUCAAUUUUUGACAGAUUCCAAUAGGCUACCAUCUCAGAUUUUGGGCAAUUUAUCCGAAAUGCCAUUUUCUUUCGAUUCUGGAGGCUACAGAUCACGGAAUCAGGCCGAGGCUAUUCUCCAAUGAUAAUGAAGUCUAUUGAUCCUAUUCUCCACGGAUGAUAAGUCCGUUAAGCAUCGAUUUGGGCCAAUGUAUUUUCGGAUGGCAUUUUCGUAAUUCCUUGGGCGACGAAAGCCCAUUUCUUUGGAUAUUGAAGGCUACAGAUCACGGAUUCGGCCUGAGACUAUUCUCCAACGAUGAUUGAGUCCAUUAAGCACCGAUUUGGGUGGAUAUAUUCAGGGUCAAUUUUUGGCAUAUUCCAAAGGGGUACCAUCACAGAUUUUGGGCGAUUUAUCCGAAAUGCCAUUUUCUUUCGAUUCUGGAGGCUACAAAUUACGGAAUCAGACCGAGGCUAUUCUCCACCGAUAAUGAAGUCUAUUGAUCCUAUUCUCCACGGAUGAUAAAUCCUUUUAAGCCUCGAUUUGGGCCAAUUUAUUUUCAGAUGGCAUUUUCGUAAUUUCUUGAGCGACGAAAGGCCAUUUUCUUUGGAUAUUGAAGGCUACAGAUCACGGAUUCGGCCUGAGGCUAUUCUCCAACGAUGAUUGUGUCCAUUAAGCACCGAUUUGGGCGGAUUUAUUCCAGGUCAAUUUUUUGCAGAUUCCAAAAGGGUACCAUCACAGAUUUCUGGCCAUUUAUCCGAAAUGCCAUUUUCUUUCGAUUCUGGAGGCUACAGAUCACGGAAUCAGGCCGAGGCUAUUCUCUACCGAUAAUGAAGUCUAUUGAUCCAAUUCUCCAUUGAUGAUAAGUCCGUUAAGCAUCGAUUUGGGCCAAUUUAUUUUCGGAUUGCAUUUUUGUAAUUUCUUGGGCGACGAAAGUCCAUUUUCUUUGGAUAUUGAAGGCUACAGAUCACGGAUUCGGCCUGAGGCUAUUCUCCAACGAUGAUUGAGUCCAUUAAGCACCGAUUUGGGCGAAUUUAUUCGGGGUCAAUUUUUGGCAGAUUCCAAAGGGGUACUACCACAAAUUUCGGGCGAUUUAUCCAAAAUGCCAUUUUCUUUCGAUUCUGGAGGCCACAGAUAAUGGAAUCUGGCCGAGGUUAUUCUCCACCGAUAAUGAAGUCUAUUGAUCCUAUUCUCCACGGAUGAUAAGUCCGUUAAGCAUCGAUUUGUGCCAAUUUAUUUUCGGAUGGCAUUUUCGUAAUUUCUUGGGCGACGAAAGCCCAUUUUCUUUGGAUAUUGAAGGCUACAGAUCACGGAUUCGGCCUGAGACUAUUCUCCAACGAUGAUUGAGUCCAUUAAGCAACGAUUUGGGUGGAUUUAUUCAGGGUCAAUUUUUGGCAUAUUCCAAAGGGGUACCAUCACAGAUUUUGGGCGAUUUAUCCGAAAUGCCAUUUUCUUUCAAUUCUGGAGGCUACAGAUCACGGAAUCAGGCCGAGGCUAUUAUCCACCGAUAAUGAAGUCUAUUGAUCCUAUUCUCCACGGAUGAUAAGUCCGUUAAGCAUCGAUUUGUGCCAAUUUAUUUUCGGAUGGCAUUUUCGUAAUUUCUUGGGCGACGAAAGCCCAUUUUCUUUGGAUAUUGAAGGCUACAGAUCACAGAUUCGGCCUGAGGCUAUUCUCCAACAAUGAUUGAGUCCAUUAAGCACCGAUUUGGGCGGAUUUAUUCGGGGUCAAUUUUUGGCAGAUUCCAAAGGGGUAUCAUCACAGAUUUCUGGUGAUUUAUCCGAAAUGCCAUUUUCUUUCGAUUCUGGAGGCCACAGAUCACGUAAUCAGGCCGAGGCUAUUCUUCACCGUUAAUGAAGUCUGUUGAUCCUAUUCUCCACGGAUGAUAUGUCCGUUAAGCAUCGAUUUGGGCCAAUUUAUUUUCGGAUGGCAUUUCCGUAAUUUCUUAGGCGACGAAAUGCCAUUUUCAUUGGAUAUUGAAGGCUACAGAUCACGGAUUCGGCCUGGGGCAUUUCUCCAACGAUGAUUGAGUCUAUUACGCACCGAUUUGGGCAGAUUUAUUCCGGUCAAUUUUUGGAAGAUUCCAAAGGGGAACCUUCACAGAUUUCGGGCGAUUUAUCCAAAAUGCCAUUUUCUUUCGAUUCUGGGGAGGCAACAUAUCACGGAAUCAGGCCGAGGGUAUUCUCCACCGAUAAUGAAGUCUAUUGAUCCUAUUCUCCACGGAUGAUAAGUCCGUUAAGCAUCGAUUUGGGCCAAUUUAUUUUCGGAUGGCAUUUUCGUAAUUUCUUGGUCGACGAAAGGCCAUUUUCUUUGGAUAUUGAAGGCUACAGAUCACGGAUUCGGCCUGAGGCUAUUCUGCAACGAUGAUUGAGUCCAUUAAGCACCGAUUUGGGCGGAUGUUUUCCGGGUCAAUUUUUGGCAGAUUCCAAAAGGCUACCAUCUCAGAUUUCGGGCAAUUUAUCCGAAAUGCCAUUUUCUUUCGAUUCUGGAGGCUACAGAUCACGGAAUCAGGCCGAGGCUAUUCUCCAAUGAUAAUGAAGUCUAUUGAUCCUAUUCUCCACGGAUGAUAAGUCCGUUAAGCAUCGAUUUGGGCCAAUGUAUUUUCGGAUGGCAUUUUCGUAAUUCCUUGGGCGACGAAAGCCCAUUUCUUUGGAUAUUGAAGGCUACAGAUCACGGAUUCGGCCUGAGACUAUUCUCCAACGAUGAUUGAGUCCAUUAAGCACCGAUUUGGGUGGAUAUAUUCAGGGUCAAUUUUUGGCAUAUUCCAAAGGGGUACCAUCACAGAUUUUGGGCGAUUUAUCCGAAAUGCCAUUUUCUUUCGAUUCUGGAGGCUACAGAUCACGGAAUCAGGCCGAGGCUAUUAUCCACCGAUAAUGAAGUCUAUUGAUCCUAUUCUCCACGGAUGAUAAGUCCGUUAAGCAUCGAUUUGGGCCAAUUUAUUUUCGGAUGGCAUUUUCGUAAUUUCUUGGGCGACGAAAGGCCAUUUUUUCUUUGGAUAUUGAAGGCUACAGAUCACGGAUUCGGCCUGAGGCUAUUCUCCAACGAUGAUUGUGUCCAUUAAGCACUGAUUUGGACGGAUUUAUUCCGGGUCAAUUUUUGGCAGAUUGCAAAGGAUGGUACCCCUUUGGAAUCUGCCAAAAUAUGACCCGGAAUAAAUCCGUCCAAAUCGGUGCUUAAUGGACUCAAUCAUUGUUGGAGAAUAGCCUCAGGCCGAAUCCGUGAUCUGUAGCCUUCAAAAUCCAAAGAGAAAUGGCCUUUCAACGCCUACAAAAUUACGAAAUAUCAUUCGAAAAUAAAUUUGCCCAAAUCGGUGCUUAAUAGACUUAUCAUCCGUGGAGAAUAGGAUCAAUAUACUUCAUUAUCGGUGGAGAAUAGCCUCGGCCUGAUUUCGUGAUCUGUAGCCUCUAGAAUUGAAAGAAAAUGACAUUUCGGAAAAAUCGCCCAAAAUCUGUGACGGUACCCCUUUGCAAUCUGCCAAAAAUUGACCCGGAAUAAAUUCGCCCAAAUCGAUGCUUAAUGGACUUAAUAAUCGCCGAAGAAUAGUCUCAGGCCGAAUCCGUGAUCUAUAGCCUUCAAAAUCCAAAGAAAAUGGCCUUUCGAUGCCCACAAAUUUACGAAAAUGUUAUCCAAAAAUAAAUAUGCCCAAAUCGGUGCCUAAUGGACUUAUCAUCCGUGGAAAAUAGGAUCAAUAGACUUCAUUAUCAGUGGCGAAUAGCCUCGGCCUGAUUUCGUGAUCUUUAGCCUCCAAAAUCGAAAGGAAAUGACAUUUCAGAAAAAUGCCCAAAAUCUGUGAUGGUACCCCUUUGCAAUCUGCCAAAAAUUGACCCGGAAUAAAUCCGCCCAAAUUGGUGCUUAAUGGACUUAAUCAUCUUUGAAGAAUAGUCUAAGCCGAAUUCGUGAUAUGUAGCCUUAAACAUCCAAAGAAAAUAGCCUUUCGACGCCCAGAAAAAUACGAAAAUGCCAUCCGAAAAUAAAUUGGCACAAAUCGGUGCUUAAUGGACUUAUCAUCCGUGGAGAAUAGGAUCAAUAGACUUCAUUAUCAGUGGAGAAUAGCCUCGGCCUGAUUCCGUGAUCUGUAGCCUCUAGAAUCGAAAGAAAAUGACAUUUCGGAAAAAUUGACCAAAAUCGGUGAUGGUAUCCCUUUGCAAUCUGCCAAAAAUUGACCCGGAAUAAAUCCGCCCAAAUCGUUGCUUAAUGGACUUAAUCAUCCUCGAAGAAUAGUCUCAGGCCGAGUCCGUGAUCUGUAGCCUUCAAUAUCCAAAGAAAAUGACCCUUCGACGCCCACAAAAUUACGAAAAUGUCAUCCGAAAAUAAAUUGGCUCAAAUCGGUGCUUAAUGGACUUAUCAUCCGUGGAGAAUAGGAUCAAUAGACUUCAUUAUCAGUGGAGAAUAGCCUCGGCCUGUUCCGUGAUCUGUAGCCUCAAGAAUCGAAAGAAAAUGACAUUUCAGAAAAAUCGCCCAAAAUCUGUGAUGGUACCCCUUUGCAAUCUGCCAAAAAUUGACCCGGAAUAAAUCUGCCCAAAUCGG